CCUGCCUCACCCACCCCCCCCCCAGGGACCCGCUGGGGCACAGAGGCACCAGGACACCCCAUGGACAGGGCCACGUGGAAGCUGCAUCCCUCAUUGGUCUUGACAGUACCGCCGAUUCAUGAAAGCUGUGGGCACGUUAACGUGAUGCUCAGAGCGAAUGUCCCAGUGCCCAACUUGCCACCCCCAUGGAAGGCACCUCUUAAGGUCUUUGCCUGCAAGGUCCCGUGGCUGGAUUGAGCUGCUGAGCCUCUCUGGGGGCUGAGGAGAGAGCUCUUGCUGCCUGGGAACGCAUGCCUUGGCACUUGUGAAGUGGUUUCUUUUCAAGAGAGGGAGGGAGCUCGUUUCCAGGUGUGGAGUAAUACAUUCUGUUCUUUCCCAUUCAGUGUUGCGAUUGAGCUAACACAGGGAGAGAACUUUGUGCCCUCAUGAAGAACAUGGCUUUUUAUCUGCCGGUGUAUUCCUUUCCCCAGGUGCCACUGAGUGGCCCAUUAGCUUACCUGGUGUAGCCAGGCUGAGCCAAGGUAGUCAGUUUCUUAAUGGUUCAGAGUGUCUGUCCUUCCACUUAGGGCGUUCAUUGUUUGGCUGGCAAAUGGUGAGACUGUUCGUGUCUAUAAAAUGACUAAGAAGGACGAUGGCAGCUUCACCUUCACUGCAACUUCUGGGGACUUCCCAAAGAAGCACAAGGCUCCUGUCAUUAACAUAGGAAUUGCAGAGACAGGGAAGUUUAUCAUGACAGCUUCCAGUGACACUACCAUCCUGAUAUGGAGCCCGAAGGGUGAAGUCCUGGCCAGCAUUAACACUAACCAGAUGAACAAUGCCUAUGCCACGGUGUCGCCCUGUGGAAGGUUUGUGGCAUCCUGUGGCUUCACCCCUGACGUGAAGGUGUGGGAGGUGUGUUUUGGCAAGAACGGGGACUUCCGGGAGGUGGCCAGGGCUUUUGAGUUGAAAGGCCACACUGCUGGCGUGCAUUCCUUCUCCUUCUCCAAUGACUCGAGGAGGAUGGCGACCGUUUCGAAGGACGGGACCUGGAAGUUCUGGGACACAGAUGUGGAGUAUAAGAAGCAACAGGAUCCGUACCUGCUGCUGACGGGGAAGUGUGAGGUGACGGAGCCUUGCUGCAUUGCUCUGUCUCCCGACGCGCACGUCGUUGCCAUCUCGAGCGGCACAGACAUUGUUGUGUACAACACGAGGAGAGGGGAGGAGGAGGAGCGCUUUCUUGCUGUGCACGCACAGUGCAUAACGGACUUGGCUUUUGACACCAACAGCCGCUACCUGGUGUCGUGCGGGGACCGGGCCAUCCGCGUCUUCCACAACACCGCUGGUCACAGGGCAGUGGUGGAGGAGAUGGAGGCCAUGCUGAAAAAAACUGCCAACAAAGCCACCCGAGAGAGGCUGGAGCAGCAGAUCUCCAGUGCCCGCAAAGCGCUGGCCGCAAUCUACGGCAAGAAGCAGUGACGUGUCCCAGCUCUCUGCGUUUGCGGGCAGCCGUGUUCUCCCUUUGGGGAUUUAUUUUGGUUUUUUUUUUCUUUUUAAUAACACUGAACAACUUGUAA